AUGGAGCCACCAGAGGAGGAAGAUGAACCUCACUAUUAUAGGCAUGAAGGAAGUCAAACUGGAGGGAAAACUGCCAUAUACCUUCAAAGUAUUAAAGCCAUUGCAUGUGACAGUGAUCUUCAAAGGCAUAACAGAACUAAUCCUAGUGAGAAAACAUAUGAGUGUAAGCAAUAUGUGAAGCCCAUUGCAUGUCCCAAAAGACAUCAAAAUCAUAAAAGAACAUAUAUUGGAGAGAAACCCUUUAAAUGUUAUCACUGUGGUAAAGCCUUUGCAUAUCAUAGUUAUCUUCAAAGACAUAAAAGAGCACAUACUGGAGAGAAACCCUAUGCAUGUAAUCAGUGUGGUAAAGCCUUUGCACAUCACAGUUAUCUUAACUUGCAUAAAAGAACACAUACUGGAGAGAAACCCUAUGAAUGCAAUCAGUGUGGUAAAGCCUUUGCAUAUCGCAAUGAUUUUCAAAGGCAUAUAAGAAUACAUACUGGAGAGAAACCCUAUGAAUGUAAUCAGUGUGGUAAAGCCUUUGCAUAUCACAGUCGUCUUCAACGGCAUAAAAGAACACAUACUGGAGAGAAACCAUAUGAAUGUACUCAGUGUGGUAAAGCCUUUGCAUAUCACAGUGAUCUUCAAAGGCAUAAAAGAACACAUUCUGGUGAGAAACACUUUGAAUGCAAUCAGUGUGGUAAAACCUUUGCACGUCACAGUCAUCUGGAAAUACAUGAACGAAGACAUACUGGGGAAAAACCCUAUGAAUGUAAUCAGUGUGGUAAAGGCUUUGCAAGUCAAAGUAAUCUUCACAAUCAUAAAAGAACACAUACUGGAGAGAAACCAUAUAAAUGUAAUUAGUGUGAUAAAGCCUUUAAAUAUCGCAGCAUGAAAGAACACAUACUAGAGAGAAACCUUUUGGAUGUAAUCACUGUACAUCACAUUCAUCUUCAAAAACAUAAAAUGCAUAAUGAAGAGAAAACCUAUGAAUGCAAUCAAUGUCCUAAAGCCUUUGGAUAUCACAGUGGUCUUUAG